GUGUGCGCUUACACAAGCCCCAUGAUGGUACGCUUUUCUCGCGUGUUUGCCGCGUUCCUCCGCCAGAAAGACUGGUCGUCCAAGUUUACCACAGUGAAGUGUUCAAGUACAAAGGCAGAACCGCGACUUCACAGAAUGGAGUAUCAGGAUGCAGUGUGCACCCUCAAUACCCUGCAGACCAAUGCCUGUGCCCUGGAGCAAGUGCGUCGAGAGCGGGGUCACCCUCAACUCCAGCUCCAGGCCAUGAGGGGCUUCCUGGAGCGAGCAGGCCUGGUGGUGGAAGAACUUGACCAUCUCAAUAUCAUUCAUGUCACAGGAACGAAAGGCAAGGGGUCAACAUGCGCCUUCACAGAACAAAUACUGAGAAGUUACGGUUUUCGGACUGGAUUUUACAGUUCCCCACAUUUGGUACAAGUCAGGGAGAGGAUAAGAAUUAAUGGAAAACCAAUCGGCAAAGAACUCUUCACAAAAUAUUUCUGGCAGGUGUAUGGACGGCUGUAUGAAACCAAGGUAGACACUCACGGGGGGAGUAUGCCCGCUUACUUCCGCUUCCUAACAAUCCUGGCCUUCCACGUCUUCCUGCAGGAGAAGGUGGACUUGGCAGUGAUUGAAGUUGGGAUUGGUGGAGCCUACGACUGCACAAACAUAAUCCGGAGGCCGUGGGUGUGUGGCAUCGCCUCCCUGGGUAUAGAUCACACCUCAAUACUGGGGGAUACCAUCGAGAAAAUUGCCUGGCAGAAAGGGGGCAUUUUUAAGCCAGGAGUUCCUGCCUUCACUGUGAAGCAACCCGACGGCCCUAUGAUGGUUCUCAAAGAGAGAGCAAAGGAGAUUGGGUGUCCUCUCUGGGUGUGCCCAGAACUGGAGGAGUACCCUGCUGACUCAGGACCUCUGCGUCUGGGCCUGGCUGGCCACCACCAGCGCUCCAACGCCUCCCUUGCCCUGCAGCUCAGCCACAGUUGGCUACAGAGACGCUGCCUUCCUGACCAGAGCAUCCCUUCCCCCGCUGACGAGAGUAAAGGCGUGUCGCCGGCCGCUGGCUUCCAGCCAAGCCCCAUUAUGGCGAAAGGGCUGGAAGACACUGCGUGGCCGGGGAGGACCCAGACUCUGAAGCAUGGCCCAGUCACCUACUUCCUGGACGGAGCCCACACCACCCGUAGCAUGCUGGCCUGUGUAAGCUGGUUCAGCGAGGUUGCCUCUCAACACGAAAGAACCACAGGUGGUCCUGUGGUCAGAGUGCUACUGUUCAACGCCACAGGGGAGAGAGACUCGGCAGCCAUGCUUAAGUUACUGGUGCCAUGCCAUUUUGACUUUGCUGUGUUCUGCCCCAACAUCACAGAGGCCAUUGCAUCAUGUAAUGCAGACCAACAAAACUUCAAUGUCUCUGUGGAAAAUAUGCUCACCCGUUGCCUGGACAACCAGAGGAGCUGGCGCCUGCUCAACGGCCAGGAAGAGAAGCCUGGAGCCCAGCUGCUCAUCUCCCGCGACGCUCUCCCACUGGUGGCAGCCGAGCGCUGCAGCAAAACCCUAGUCUUCCCCUGCAUCCUCAGCGCCCUCCAGUGGCUCAGCCAGGGCAGGGACUCUGUCUUGGCACACCCGGACAAGAGGGUCAUCCCCGUCAAGCCCAGCGUGACAGCCAAAGCCGCUCCGCUAAGAGAUGCCACUGGCAUCCACGUCCUCGUCGCUGGAAGCCUCCAUCUGGUUGGGGGCGUCCUGAAACACCUCGACCCUUCCUUUGCCUCUUAAAGGAAUGGUUCUGUCAGAACAGCAAUAGAUCAGAUAGAUUUGUCUGGUAAGCAGAAUCAAGAAGAAACCCUCUCUGGAGAGAGCUAAGUGCUGGGAUAUCAUGCAGCCUAAGGGAAAGCUUGUUAGCUAUGCUUACUGGCAGGUUAUUCAAUUUGUACCAGGCAACAGGGUUUUGUGUCACCCCCAGUCCUUGGUAAGCCUAAUAGAAAUGGCCAUUGCUAGAACCUUCUAUUUCAAUUGAUAAAUAGAGGGCUCUGGCCAAUACAAGUUCAUGUCAAAUGUUUUAGCCAGUACCACACAGAGCCUUACUGAGGAUCACACGUUAUUUUAUUUUGACAGGGAGCCAUUUGGAGACCUUGGUCUCUUUUAUAGAUGAGCCCUACAAUGACAUUUUAAAACAGACACAUCAGUACACUACGAAAAGAGAUCCAGAGAUAGAAAACAAUCAGUGUAAGGUUCUGGUACAAAUUCCAGAUAGACACCAAAGGAAGUUUAAACUAGAUGUAUUACACACAAACUGGAUGCUACAGCUCCAUAGCACACAAACCGGUCACACAUGCAUAUAUAUUUAUGCCUUCUGGCUAGGCGGGGUCACCUCUUUGUGUCUAGGAUAAACAGUCAGUCAGUGCUGGGCAAGAACUCUGUUCCUCCUAUUGAUAGCAUGAGUCCAGAUCCUUUGUGGGCAGGUGUGUGUAAGAGAGACUAGUGUCUCACACACAAUCUAGCCCCCCCCCCCUGCACUGCAAUAAGUCUCCAGUCCCAACAUCCUAACCAAUGACAAGUUAUUACUACUAAUAAGUGGAUUGUGCAAUUAUAAACUGGCUCAUGCAACACAAACAGAUUCAAGUCAAUUAGUCUCCAACAAUCGAAAACAAAUAUUAACCCUAAGUCUUAUACUUGAAGCUAAAACUGUUUACAAUAACUCUUGGGGGGUUCAUUUGUGCGACUUCCAGUAUGACACGGGUGUUUACUGUUAUUGUUUAUGUGAAGUGGUAUUGUGCUUUAAAAGCAUUUGAGAAGAAGGCAGUGGGACGGUAGGCCCCUAAAAUGACAGGUAAUCCAAAGAAAGUGUGGAAACGGUUAGUCAAAGGCCUCACACUUUCCACCCAGUACGUUUCUUUGGGUUGUGUACAAGAAUGGCUUUCUUUCCUGUCCUUUCAUUGCUACCAAUAAGAGACAGGGAGAGGGUUGCAACAUGAACUGGAUUUCUUACAAAGAGGACAGUUUUUAAUUUUUGUUUUGUUUCACUAUUUCCUAGUGAGAUCCUCAUUUGCCGAUCUCACAGACUUGCAUUAUUUGUUGACUGUAUUCUUAAACAUUUCAAAUGUGCUUCGUGUAGCUAUCAUUGUGUUGGUAAAUCAGAUAUUCUCCCUUCAAUAAAAAAAUCGAACACCUCUACAAUAAAACUAGACCUUUAGCGUUGAGCACAAUGUAAACUAACAUGUCUGUAAAUUAUUCUAAGGCGUCAUAAGCGAUAAGUCUUUUAUACUGCAGUUGCUUUGUGACUAACAUUUCAGAAUGUUCAUUGUCUUCUAAAUUUGUGUCUGAGAGCGCAAUUGUAUGUCUACUGUAAAGAAACACACUAGAGGUAGGGUGUAUUUGUAAGUCGGUAUCUGUUGCAAAGCUUUUUGCAAUAGAACCUUUCUUAAUCUAGUAACCAAAUGGAACAAAACCGGGAGGGACCUACCUAAAUUUAACAAAAAUAGUUUCUAUUGGACAAAGUUUUCUGUUGCGGAGGAGACUGUUUCGGAAACUGACUAAUGAAUAAAUUCUCCCCCACAAAAAAAAAUCACCAGGGUUGUAUUCACUAGGAACCAAACGGAAUGAAACAGGGAGGGCUCUACAUGAAUUUGUCCAAUAGAAAGUAGAAACUCUUGUUUCUUGUUGCAAAACGUUUUGGACUAAUGCUUACACCCAAAGUACCAUGGAAAUUAGCGCUUGAUUUGAGUGAUUGGCCCUGUUCUAGUCUGACUAUAUUGCAGUCAUGCUGCAGUACACACAGCAACUAAUGGGUACACUAUCGACUGCACAGCCAGGUAUAAGAUUGCUACAGGUAGAUGAUAUGAUCCAGGCAUUGUGCGAUCUGGCAGGUGACUGCAAUGUAGUUGGCCUGGAAUGGAGCCAAUAUUUCCCUGGGGUUUAGAAACUGCUAGACUAUUCCCAAAUCUUUUUUAAAGUGGUCUUAACAUUUCAGAGAAAUGCUAUAGUUUUAAAUGUAUGUGCACUUAAGAUAAUUAAAUGAAUCAUUAACGGA